AUGUUCUCUUCCUCGAAACCCUACACGGCCGUCACGGUCGACAUCGAACGAUUGACGAGUGAAACCUUUGCCGAAGACGAUCUCAGCGGUAUCCCCGAGCUUAUCGAAGCCAUCAACCUCCAGGCUUCUGGUCCGACUGAGGCUGCCCGUGCCAUUCGCAAGAAACUCAAAUAUGGAAACCUGCAUCGCCAGCUCCGAGCCCUGACCAUCCUCGAUGCUCUGAUCCAAAAUGCGGGUGCUCGAUUCCAGCGUUCCUUUGCGGACGAGCCCCUCCUUGAGCGCUUGCGCUUCUGUGGUACCGCCGAGCUUUCGGACCCCUUGGUGAAGAAGAAGUGCACCGAAAUGUUUCGCAGCUGGACUGCCUACAAGAGCACUCCCGGUAUGGAGCGUGUCGCGAACCUCUACAGGCUCCAGGAACUUCCCCGGCGCAAGCAAGUCGUCACCCAAGAGAGGUCCAAGGUACUUAAGGAGACCGAGAACCCUUUUGGCGAAGACGAGGAGGAGGAACGCCCAGCACCCGCAAGCACUUCAGCUACUCAGCCCAGCUCGUCAACUGCACAGCCAUCUUCCUUGUCAUCGCGUAGGCCGACGGUGUCCAGUUCUAGUGGCCAUGCGCACUCCUCCAGUCGAUCCUCCAAUAAAGACAAGUCGAAGAAGAGCAGCAGCAAAUCUAAGAAGCACAAGCCAUUCAACCUCGAAGCCGAGAAGGAUCAGAUGACGAGGAGUAUCGCCGAGGCGUCUAUUGCCUCCACGAACCUGAUGAACACUCUGCAAUCCAUCAACAGAGAGAAGGAGCGCAUUUCAGAGAACUCGACCGCAGUAGACCGAUUCGAGAAGUGCAAAAAGCUCAGGAGGAACAUCUUGAGAUAUAUUCAACAUGUCGAAUCCGAACAAUGGUUAGGAGGCCUUCUACACGCCAACGACGAACUCGUUCAAGCGCUCAUGACUUUUGAGCAGCUGGACCGCUCUAUUGACGCGGACAGUGACUCGGACGAUGAUCUCGCUGAGCAGGCACACCUUUAUCGGAUGGCAACCGAAAAAGCCGCCAAAGCCAAAGAAUCCGGCGGCAGCGUACCCAGCAGUCCUCGCGCCCCUGUUGCUGGCAUGGCCGGUCUCAGCGUCACCAACUCCCCCACGAGUCCGCCUCCGAUGCCCCCUCGCCCUGCGCCGCCUCCGCGACCGUCUGCAGCUUCGAAGCCGUCGAUGUUGAAGCCGCCCACAAGACGGGUGGAGCCGUCUGAUGACGAGGAUAGUGACGUCGACGAGGACGAAAACGAUCCGUUCGCUGACCGGAAUGCUGUCUCGACCCCUAAGGUGGAGAGUGACGAGCCUAAGUGGUCGUAG